AUGUAUUUCCCUUUGUGUCCUCCGGAUUCCCCCGCUCGUAGUCUGCAGCCGUCUGCCUUCGUUGCGCGAGACUCACCUGGUUCAGGUGUCAAUACACAGCGAACCGGCAGUUUCUCUCGCACUGGGGCGCCGUCAUCACUUCAGCCACACCAUGUCAUUUCCACUUCUCUCCACGCUCACAGAUCGGGGGCAAUGUUUGCUCCGUCCUGUGCGUCUGUACCGUCGCCAGUGUGUGUGUCGUCUGCUCAGAACGGUUCAGCUUCGACUCCGAGUCUCGCUUUGUUGAGAGUCCUGCCUGAGCGAGAGUUGAAACUGGUAGAGCACUUCGCCGUUUUGUGUCGCCUUGAAAGGCAGGUCGAAGCGCAAGUCGCUCGCCUUUCCGGGCUCCGUGACCGCAUGCAUGCACAGAACGCUCGGCUCCAGUUCCAGCUCCAGCAGCCGCGGCACCUUCGCGCCGACCGGGGAAACCGCAGACAGAGAGACCGCUCAGACGACGAAGAUGCAGGCUUCGAGAGCGAGGGAGAAGAGGGAAAAUCGACAUCUCUUCUUCUCAACGACGCUGGCCAGCCUCUUCCGAGCAACUCCGACGCCAUUCACAUAUGGACGCUGCGAAACCGCCUGCAGCACUUUUCGAAGGGCAGCAGCCGGGCGAAGCUGUCCGCGGCAGCCAGCAAGGCGGGUGCCUUGGUGUGUGUGUCCACCGCAGUGGGGAGGAAGACGCGCGGAGCGCAGGGAAAGGACUUGGAAAAGAAAGUGAAUUCUCUCCUCGCAGGCUGGGAUAACGCGCGAGGCGACCCGGGGUGGAGCAGCGCCGUUCUGCGCUGGCAGCUCGACAGACUCAAGGUGAAGAGGCGACGGCGAGUGAAGAAGGAAGAAGAGGAAGGGGAUGACGAAGAAGACGGAGACGUGAAGUCCAGUGAGCACGCCGAGAAGGAAGAAGAAGAGGAAGAAGGAGAGGGCGUCAUGCGAGAGCGUAUGGCAGGGGUCAGUCUACGAGUCUUCCGGGCCUUUGUCAAGGAGCUGUACAGGACCCUGGUAUCCAUUCCAAUCCCGGAGCAUGCAGUUCGCGCUCUCUUCGACCACUGCCGCCUCCAGCCUUCUCCACUCGCCCUUCCUGCCUUGCCUUCGGCCUCUGAGCUGGCAGACGACUCGUUUCUUCCCGCCACACCUGGAGAGCUCCACCCUUCGAAGCUGCUCUACGCGACUCGCAGUCUCCUCCUCGCCUGGCGACGACUGGCUCUCCCCUCCGCGUCGUUCACCUCCGUCUCGCCAGGAGACCGUCAUGGAGGUCCGCUUCCCGCCAGAGUCCCGAGCUUUGCCGAGGUGCUCCGAGCCGUGUGUACAGCGGUCUCUGCGUCGCUCCCGAAGAGCGUGUCCUGGGCCUUCACGCCUUCCGAGUGUCUCUCGAACUUUGUCACGAGUGUCCAGCCCUCUGACGCAUCGCUCUUGCCUUCCCUUUUCCUCCCAGCUACCCGUGGUGGAGAGCAGCGGCCUGACAGCGUUUCGUUUUCAGCCUCUACGGUGCACGUACACAAGGGGCCUGGCGAGCAAGGUUGCCUGAGCGCCGGCGCUCCGGGGCCUUCCUCGUGGGACUAUGGUUCCAUGUCUCUUCCAAGCCUGUCUCGAGAAUGCACUCAAGGCGUGGAUGCGCCGGAGCACGAUUUCCGCCUCUUGGCGACAGUCGAAGAGGCCAUCCUUCGAGGACUGCGGCAGGUCCUGGGAGGCGCUUCACCGGGCAAAGCUACGGACGAAAAUGCGCUUGGACACCACGCUCUUUCAGGGCCGGCACCUCGCCCUGUCGAGGGCACAGCUCGCGCACAAGGACCCGCAGGGCUGGAGGAAAGAGGAUUCGCCGAGGCAACGGAUGCGCUUGCUCUAGCAGUAUUGCCUAACGCGGGAGCACAGAAUGAAAACACAGAGACAAAAGGAGACACUUGUAAGGGCGCGAGUCUCGUCGGGACCGGGACGACGCUGGAUGGGGCAAUUCGAGCAAUUUUGGCGAGGCCAGAGAAAGUCCCCAUCCUGUACUUCUCGUCUCUCUUGACGCAGCCAGUGCCUCCCUUCGCCGUCUUCCAGGUGUAUCUCCACCUGAGGAAGCGCAGCACAGAGCAACACGGCCUUGUCUGCCACCGCAGAUGGUGGUCGCCAGAAGAAGACGCUGCUCUCCUGCGAGCGGUCGACACAAUGGGCGUUCAGCAGAGAGGCGCAGGGAAGUGGAUGAAAGUCGCUGCCCUUCUGCCUGGGCGCACCAACAACCAGUGUCGAGCUCGGUAUCUCUACCUUGCGGUGGAGGGAAAGCGACACGGACUCUUUUCGGCGUUGGAGGACCUUCGAUUGCAGGUGCUUGUCUCCUGCUACGGCAGGGGCUCGUGGGGCAAAAUUGCGAGGCACCUUCGGGGCAGGACUGAGAUGAAGUGCCGAGAGAGGUAUGAAAAUUGUCUGCAUGACGAGAGCAAGACGCUUCUCUGGACCUCGAGCGAGAUGUCUCUGCUUCGCGUUGCUGCCGACUUCUUCCAACAGGACUGGCCAGCCGUUGCGCGCGUGAUUUGCGGCCGACCUGCGCAGCAGUGCAGAGAGAAAUUUGAAGAGUUGGAGACAGAAGCAGAGAUAGAGCAAACCGCUAUUCAGUUUCUUCGUCGUUUUCCGGAGAUGCCUGUCCACCAAGCAGAUUCUUGGGAAGCUGAGGCGAGUACCAAGUCGGCGGUCGUCGCUUGGGCGGAGGCUCAUUUGUUGUAUCUCCUCCGUUUCUUCGUUUGUGCUUGCGGGCACCUCUUUGCGGAUUCUGUGCGAAAGGCAGCCUCAGAAGGUCUUCUUUCUUUUGCAUCUUUUCCAGCCUUUCAGGUGGAAGAGCCCAGAGAGCAGGAAGGGCCUCUGAAGACAAACGCGAGGGGAGGAAGUCAGGAGACGCACCGCCCAAAGAGGCAGACAGAUGUGCGCGGCACAGGAGAGCGAGAGAGACUUGUUCGUGGCAUUGAUGCAGGUCCAUCUCCUGCUGCGCGUUCUGCCGCAAUCCAGUUUGCCAAGUAUCUCGAGGCGCUUUACGCAUUGCUUCUUCCCGCUUCUCGACGCUCGGCUGUCUCGAAGCCCGCGGACCCUCUGUCCGGCGCUCAGCCGACUGUUGUCGGAAGCUCUCUUGGGAGUCGUGAUGUGGUUCCUUUCCAAGGAGAAAGUGGAACGACUGUCAGCCCCGAUCAAGCGUGUCUGUCGUCAUUUCCUCCACAGUGUCCAGAACCUCGGUCUCUUUCCUCGCCUCCCCCCUUCACUCCGUCCGCAAUGUGGGCAACCGCUCACUCAGAUGAUCGUUUCCCAGCUCUUGGAGACCGCAGUCACCUUUCUUUUGCUUGCCCCCCAAACUCGCUGGCGACCGCGCUUCGCUGUCUCCCUUCGGUGUCACUUCAACAGACUUUGUCCCCCAAUUCUCCUGCUUCUUUGUCUCCCCUUCUCUCAUUUGAGAAACACACCGGUGCCUCAGGGGAGACACUGCAGGGGUCUCGAGGGCCGGAGGUGCGGACCGACGCUUCGGGCGCAAGCGGGGCAGACGAGGUGGAGAUCCCGAGCGAUGCUGGAGUCGCCUGUCUCUUCCUGCUUCUCGCUGUCGAGAAAGGUGUAGGUCUAGGCUUAGGCGAACAGGCCCCCAGACUGGUGAGUCUGUACAAGAAGGGGAUUCGUGAGUGGAAAUCGAAGCUGGCAAACAAGGGAGAGACAUGGGAAGACAGCGGGACAGUCGACACCGGAAAGGUGAGUCCAUGUUUAGAUCUUUCAGAGACUCGGAGUCAAGUGAUGCGUAUAGGCGAACUCAGGGAGGAAACUCUGGAAACUAUCGCGGAGGUCCCGCAUCCGCACCAGUCUCCUCUGGGGUCUGGGUCUUCGUGUCUGCCGGACCCGAGGCGCCCUGCCCACAUGGCUCCGGUGGUGGCGGCAAGUCUCCUCCAGUGGCUAGCUGUCUCCGGUGGCGCCGGGGGCCCGCGCCCGAAUCGGGCUUCAGAGUCGACGGCGCUGGAAGAACGACAGGCGCUCUCUAACCCUCCAGCCGAGAGGGACGGGGAGCCGUCGGUGGUGGCAAGUGACUCUGAAGAGCAUGCACAGACAGAGGUUUGCUCUGAGCCUAGCGCCAGUGAGGGCGCGCGAGGCCAGUCUAAUUUUGACAAACUCGUCGGGUUUAUGUCUCACGAAAAAGGACAGAGUUAUGCCACCGUCCCCGCCAAGCGACCCGCUCUCAGGUGUCUCCAGCAGCGCCCCUUGCCUGCCGCCUUGGUUGAAGCUGCAACGCAGGCGGCCGCGACCGAAAUGAAACUGCGCGGGUUGGACCCUCGACUUGUUUCGGACGCUUCAACUGCCGGGAAAGAUAGACGGAAGAAGGCCAACCAAGUUCUUUCACGAUGCUCGCGUGCGACCCGUGCACCGACAGAGCGAGGCCAGCGCCUACCCCAGCGCAUCGCCGCGGGCUUGGAGGUAGGGUCAGAAUCUAGGAUCGAUGAGCGGCUAGGAGCUUCCCAGGAGGUUGAGAGCUCGCGUGUCUCUCAAUUUGGAGACCAGGAAUCGGGAGGAAAUGGCAGCAAGACGAGACGGUACUACGCACAAGUGCCAAGAAGGCAAGUCUCUGCGCGCGGGCGGCAACGGGAAGGGUCAGGGCGAGGACGAAGGGCGCAGGAAGGAAGUACAGAAGGAGGCCCGGAUGAUGGGGAUAUGAAGGAAGCCGAGACACAGGAGACAGGGGAGAAAAGAGGCCAUAUGAAGGGGGGGAGUAAGCGGGGAAGAUCCCGUGGGGUCAAGAAGGGAGGGAUGGAAGAGCCUCAGUCGGCACUAGAGCGCCCUAGAAGAGGACGAAAAGGGGGACGAGAGAUUUGUGACGAUGUGGGGGAGAAGCACCGUGACCAGAAUGCGAGCGUUGAAGACAGGAGAAACGGUGAAAAGGGUUGGCCAACGGCACACGUGGAAGAAAGACAGUUCUGGAAAGGCGACACGGAAACUGUAGACGAGACACACACCCAACGAGUAGGCCAGAGAAGAAGGGAUGAAAAGAACAGAGAUGAGACAGAAAUGCAACCGGGGGAGAUAUUCGCUGACAGUGGCGUUGCUGAAGGGUUGCCCAUCGGAAGUGCCGGAGAGGUCGACGUGGGCCAGAUGUGCGAGAGAGCUGUGGUGGGCCUGCCACUCGUGGAUGGCAGAACGGGGAAGAAAUUUACGGAAGUGGAAGCUUACACAAUUGCCAGAGAGGUUGAAGAGAAGAUCAAAGCAAUGUAUGAAGCUCCAAAACCUGCAGAAUAAACUUGCGCUCAGUGAAGAACACACUUUUUCUGGAUGCUUUCGAUAGGGGUGCAAAUACGGUCACAAGCAAGUGCGCAUGUAUUUCCACGUCUACAUGUACAUACAUUUAUAAAUUCAGAUACACUUGUGCAGCGUGUCGAGUUUGAGUUAACGCUCCACAAGGGACGAAGGCACAACAUAGUGCGGCGUGCACAUCCCCAAUCAAUAUAGAUCAGAAAGCAUCCUUGGGGCAUAUCAGAAUUUUAGGAGAAUUUUAGGGGACGGAGGAAGGUCUGUCGAACCGCAUUGGGAGGUGACUUGUUGAGGAUCCCAGUUCACGAGUUAAAACCUAGCAAUGAACUUGGAAAUCUUUCUUGUGAAAGCUUCUGUACAAAAACACAGGACACAGUGGUUUGUAUACUGU